UGGUGGAAAGAGUUUAAAAACUUAUGAAAUAAGGUCACCUCCGGCUGAGAGGUUCUGGUUGGGGACUAGGGCGUAGGUGACUCCUCAGAGCUCAGGCACAGCCCCAGAGAACAAGAUUAACAGAGAAGUAGAAGGUGAACAAAGGGAAUGGGCAGGCAGAGCCUUGCUUUGGGAAUUGGAUGAGAAACAAGAGAGUGAACUACAGUGCUCCCCAGAGGGAGUGGCAGAGUCAAUUGAGUUUUUCCAGGAUAAGGGGGAGUGGUCUUUCAUGAAAGCAGAGGUGAUGAAACACAGGGAUAGACUUAUUCUGUAAUGAUUAAUGUAAGGAGGGCACACUGCCUUGCAAUUACAUGCCAUUUUGCUUAAGUGGCUUGAUGAUAAGAUAAAGAAAACUAAUGUAAGAGGCACAGCCUGACCGGAAAGACAGCUGCCUUUGGCUUCUGCCGCGAUGCCUCCAGGACUGCAGCGUCCCUGGCAGGUGCUCUCGGGACUCUUGCUCUGCCUGUGCAUCGGGCGAUGGGCAGAGGCUGGGAAGGUGCUGGUGGUCCCCAUGGACGGCAGCCACUGGCUCAGCAUGCGGGAGGCUGUACGGGAGCUCCACACCAGAGGCCACCAAGCAGUGGUCCUUUCUCCGGAGUUGAAUGUGCACAUCAAGGCAGCGGACUUUUUCACCAUGAAAACCUACGCUAUUCCAUUCACCCAGGACAAAUAUGAUCGCCUCAUGACGGGCCGUAUUCAUCUGAUUUUUGAAAGAGUACAUUUUCUAACGCUGUUUUGGGAAACUAUGGCAUCUUUGAAAGAUGCAUCUUUGGUGUUUGAAAAGUCUUGUGAGGGGCUGUUGUAUGACAAGGACCUGAUCAGUCACCUGAAUGCCAGCUCCUUUGAUGUGGUUUUAACGGACCCUGUUUACCCCUGCGGGGCAGUGCUGGCUAAGUACCUGUCGAUUCCGGCUGUGUUUUUUUUGCGUUCCGUUCCGUGUGACUUAGAUGCUGAGGGCACAGCGUGUCCAAACCCUUUCUCCUAUGUUCCUAGGUUAUUAACAACGAAUUCAGACCACAUGACAUUCUUCCAAAGGGUCAGGAACAUGCUCUACCCUCUGAGCCUGAUGUACAUUUGCCGAGUUUCUUUCACUCCUUAUGCACGUAUGGCCUCUGAGCUUCUCCAGAGAGAGGUGUCGCUGGUGGAUAUUUUUGGCUCUGCAUCCAUGUGGCUGUUCAGAGGAGACUUCGUGAUGGACUACCCCCGGCCAAUCAUGCCCAACAUGGUGUUCAUUGGGGGUAUCAACUGUGCCCACAGGAGACCAUUGUCUCAGGAAUUUGAAGCCUAUGUAAAUGCUUCCGGAGAGCAUGGAAUUGUGGUUUUCUCUUUGGGCUCGAUGGUCUCAGAGAUUCCGGAGCAGAAAGCUAUGGAAAUUGCUGAUGCUUUGGGCAAAAUACCUCAGACGGUCCUGUGGCGGUAUACUGGGACUCCACCACCAAAUCUUGUGAAGAAUACAAAACUUGUCAAGUGGCUGCCCCAAAAUGAUCUGCUUGGUCACCCAAAGGCUCGGGCCUUUAUCACACAUUCCGGCUCCCAUGGUAUUUAUGAAGGAAUAUGCAACGGCGUUCCCAUGGUGAUGAUGCCCUUGUUUGGUGAUCAGAUGGACAAUGCGAAGCGCAUGGAGACCCGGGGAGCUGGAGUGACCUUGAACGUCCUGGAAAUGAGUUCGGAAGAUUUAGAAAAUGCCCUGAAAACUGUCAUCAAUGACAAAAGCUACAAGGAAAACAUCAUGCGCCUCUCCAGCCUUCACAAGGACCGCCCCAUCGAGCCUCUAGACCUGGCUGUAUUCUGGGUGGAGUUCGUGAUGAGGCACAAGGGGGCGCCACACCUGCGGCCUGCAGCCCAUGACCUCACGUGGUACCAGUACCACUCUUUGGAUGUGAUUGGCUUCCUCCUGGCAGUCAUACUGACGGUCAUCUUCAUCACCUUUAAGGGCUGUGCCUUCGUCUUCCGGAAAUUCUUCGGGAAAAAAGGGCGUGUGAAGAAAUCUCAUAAAUCCAAGGCACACUGAACGCUGUGGUGGAAACCUGCAGAAAGAGUCAGGUUAAAUUCAUGUUAUGCUUAUUCAAGAAAUACUUUGCCAGAAAAUGAUGCCCCAGAGUGUGUUUUAAAAAGCAAAAGUGAUCAAAUGGAGAUAUCUGAGUAUCUUUUCUGCCCUCCUCCUGUAUCUUUAUUCUGGACUUUACUUGCCAUCUUUCAGAUGACUUGCUAAGAGGGUUGGCUGGCUAGGUUCUUCCUUCAACCUGCAACACUUUUCCUACUCAGAAAUGGGGCUUGUUUGGGAGCCACGGCUGCACACCCACCACCACCCCCACCCCUAGGAUGACAGUUGUAACCUCCUCUUCUGGCAUCUGUAGACGGUUGUGAUAGGUUCCUUCACCAAUAAUGUCUGGUUCCAAAUUAUGCUCGUGCUUCACAGAUGUCGCUUUGUGCAUGUAAAGAAGGGAACGUCUAUUCCUUGUACUUGAUAUGAUGUGAAUGAAUGGUAUAGAUUCUGACUUGGUGGGGAGAGAGUGGUAUACAAAAUUGAUGGGUGAUGUACCUGAGCAGAUAAUCGCUGCUUGUGCCAAAUGGAUCUGAAUUUGACAAAAGCCUAAAUUACAGCAACUGGCAAGUGUAUUUUCUCUGAUGUAAUAACUAAAACAUAUUAAUAAAUUCAUA